CAGUACGGAGACUCAGAGGAUGGACACUGGAGGACAGCUCUGGAGAGAAGAGGAGGCACGGAGGCAGACCAUAGCGUCACACUCAGGGAAAAUAAAAGGAGCCUCAGGAGGUCCUUCAGCAUCAAGGAGAGCAGUAUCUGGAAGAUGUGUGUAGCCACAGGGCCGGCUGAGGAGGUAUGUGGGCCACAGACGGCUGAUAACAGUGUCCAGACAGAAGACAAAGACCCUAAUGUGCCAGGGAGGAAUGGAGAGACCACACAGAGACGCUGCAGCUUCCUGAGCCCAGACAAGCUGGCUCCCUUUAACGGACACUUUCUAAACGGCAGUACUUGGAUUGCAGGGGAGGCGAUGAGGAGCGUUCACAUAAAAGCCUUCAGUGAGGACAUCUCCACAUGUGAAGACACUCUCCAUUCACACAGUCUGAAUACAAGCCCACAGCACCCUGCCCUCACCCCCCCCUCUGACCCUCUGUGCCUGCCUGGAUACAUGGAGGAGGAACUGAUGGCCAACAACAACCACCUCAAGUUACCCAUCCCAGAGGUGAACAAGGACAGAUGCUGGGACACAGAGAAGCAGAAGCCACCAGGACAGACUGUCAAUUCAACCGGUGUUCACCCGUACUGGAUCGGAGAUCUGGACAGCAUCAUCAUGAAGAGCCCGGAGCUUCAUCCCACUCAUCCCCAUGGCAACAGGGGUUUAUAUGGAAACAGGAAGUCCCUGUCCCAGCAGCUGGAGUUCCCUCACACCACCACACAACCUGUGCGCCCCUCCCGCUCCCUCAGCUCUGCUCAGCUGGUUCACUCCUGCAGUAACGUGCAGGCGUUCAUCAUCUGUAACGUGGUGCUGAUGAAGGGCCACGGAAAGGGCCUGGGCUUCAGCAUAGUGGGGGGCCGGGACAGCAUGUAUGGACCGAUGGGGAUCUAUGUGAAGACCAUCUUCCCUGGAGGGGCAGCAGCUGCUGAUGGAAGACUGCAGGAGGGGGAUGAGAUCCUGGAGCUGAACGCAGAGUCUCUCCAUGGUCUGACUCAUGAUGAAGCCCUGUACAAGUUCAAACAAAUCAAGAAGGGGCUGCUGACCCUGGUGGUGAGGACGAGCCUGCGGGGGGGGGCAGGGUGUGGUCCGGAGGCCCAGCUCUGCAGGUCUCGCUCCCUCAGCUCCAGCUCCGGCCUGGCCCGGGUCAGCGCUGACUACAGCUACCUGAACAGCAGCUGCAGCGACACCCCGAGGGCCCCGGGCGACCGCGUCGUCAUGGAGAUCAUCCUGCACAAAGAGGCAGGUGUUGGUCUGGGUAUCGGGCUGUGCUGUGUUCCAUCUGGUGACGGGUGUCCUGGGAUCUUCAUCCACACCCUCUCUCCUGGAUCAGUAGCACACAUGGACAGUAGACUCAGGUGUGGGGAUGAGAUCAUGGAGAUCAACGACACUGUGGUUUACAACAUGGCGCUGAACGAUGUGUACACGGUGCUGAGCCAGUGCUCUCCAGGUCCAGUCCACAUCAUCAUCAGCCGACACCCCGACCCCAAAGUGUCAGGGCAGCAGCUGAAUGAUGCUAUCACUCAGGCAGUGGAAAACAGCAAACUGAGGAAGGAGAAGAGCCAGUGGAGUAUUGAUGGUCUGCGCAGACUGGAGCCCUGCUCUCACAGUCGGCAGAGGUGUGAGCGCUGUCUGGAGAAGACUUUCAGUCAGCUGACAGUUCGACGGGCGCAGAAGACCAUGACCCGCUCCUGCAGCGACAACACCAGCAGCCCCCACCACAAUCAAUGCCUCACUAUACAGCACCUCCACAACACACACCAUCACCCAUCCGCCCGCGUGCACAGCCUGGACACACCCAAGUCUAUGAGAGAGACGUGGUCUGACAACAGGCUGUCAGUGCCUGUGUAUCCUGAUGAAGACUACAACGUCCCCUACAACACUGCUGCUGCACACCUGUCCAAUCAGCACGCCCUGGACCUGACCCUCAGGAGCAACAAGUCCACCUGCAGGGUGCGUGCUGCUCCUCACCGGCACUGCUGGCCUCAGGAUGUGACCAGUGAGGAGGGCUAUAAUGGAGACUCCAGCGGCUCCAGUGGAGGGUCCCCAGUCAGGGAGGGGGGGCUGGAGUCCUCCUCACACAGCUGUCAGGAAGGAGAACGACUAAGAGAACACUCAGAGGGGACUGCAGCCUGCACCAGCAACAGACUACACACAGACGCUGUGCUCUGCUCACAGUCAAAGAGAGGAGCUCUGAGGAGACAGCCUCACAUUGACCAACACACCCAGGCACGCAUUGAGGACCCCUGGGUUCGCCUCGCAGACCGCCUCCCUGAAGAGGUGCUCCACCACCACCCCGCCGCUGCAGACAGAACACACCCCACCACCAUGAGCGACCAGGAGAACACACCUGAGGUUAAUGGCACACACUCGGAUGUCACCUCAGAUCCUCCCUCAGAUAUGACUCCUGAGAACACAUGUGAGACUCCUCCAGGAGAAAAGACGGCCCCCCCGGUGGCCCCCAAGCCUGCCUGGUUCCGCCAGAGUCUGAGGAAAAUCCGGAAUGAGCAGGGCCAGAAGAAGCAGGACAAACCCGCAGAGCUGAGGUCAGUGGGGGGCUUCACCAGGACCUACGGGGGCAGAUCCGCCUCAUCUUCAGCCAACCUGUCAAUCAAACAGAAGAUCCACUCCUUUGAGACUUUUUCCAGUGCGGAGGUUUCAGAGAAGGGGGGGAACAGGAGACCCUCGGCCACCUCCACCUCCAUCUCCACCUCUCUACCUCUGGAGGAGAGCAGGAGUCGCCCUGCCUCACAUGGGGACAGUGGGAGGGGCCAAAAUGAAAUCCAAGAAGAGAUCCAGGAAAUCACCUCUCCGUGUGACAGCGAGCCAGAGAACCCCCCUGUCUUUGCUACACCUUCUGCUAUCCCCUCCUCCACUUUUGAAGCAUGCAGUCAAACAGCCGCUGGGGAUGACCCCCUCUCUAUCCAACCCCCCGCAGAUCUGCCACUGUGUGACAGCACUGAUCUGCACUCAGGGACACAUGGUGAUCCUCCAUCAGCUCCACUUCCUGCCAAACAGGAAGCUGAGCUAGAAGAGGAUCUCACCAGCUCCAAUCAGAACACAGUCUCUCCCCCUGCCACAUCCAUGAUAUCUCAAGAGGGGGGAGAGAGCCUUCAAGAAGAGGGAGAUGGAGCAGAGAACCAAGGGAAGCCCCUGAGCCCCACCCUGAGUGCUGCCCCCCCCGCAGGCAGCCACCAUCAGAGAGGCCUGGAGGAGGGGAGUUUAGAGAAGAUCCUCGCCUUCAGUAACCAGGUUUCCCAGGCGGUGAUGCGCUCUCACAGCGACCUGCUGCCCUCUGUGGAGAGCGACUCUGAGGAGAGAGAGCAGGACAGCAGCGAGAGAGGCUUCUCUGUCAGCUUGGCCACACUGAGGGAGUGUACCAUUGAGCGAGGGGAGGGGGGGCACCAUGACGAGGCAGCAGGCUCCUCUGCUCACUCUGUCAUCUCAGCCAUCCCCUCACAGGAAAUACAGAGGAUGAUCCAGGAAGUCAAAGCUCUGGACCAAGACACGCUGAAGCAACUGGUGGACAUCCAUGUGGUGAUUCUGCAUAAAGAGGAGGGGGCCGGGCUGGGCUUCAGCAUCGCAGGGGGGUCCGACCUGGAGAGCAAGGCUCUGACAGUCCACAAAGUGUUCCCCAGUGGCCUGGCGGCUCAGGAGGGAACCAUCCAGAGAGGAGACGAGGUGCUGUCCAUAAACGGACACACACUGCGCGGUGUCACACACACUGAUGCCACCAGCGCUCUGCGGCAGGCCCGCAAUCUGCAGCUGGCUGUGGUGGUGGUCUGCAAGAGGGCGGAGGAGGGGGGGGCCGAGGGGGACGGCUGCAGGACGGAAGACCUCCACCCUGCAGUGGUCCUCCAAUCCGCUCCGCUGACGGUGGAGCUGCAGAAAGGAGCUGCAGGAGUGGACUUCACUCUGGAGGGGGGCAGGGGCUCCAUCCAUGGAGACAGACCUUUAGUCAUCAACAGGAUCUUUGCAGGGGGGGCCGCGGAGCAGAGCGGGCUGCAGCGGGGGGACGAGCUGCUGCAGGUGCAGGGGGUCAGUCUGCAGGACAUGACCCGCUUCGAGGCCUGGAACAUGAUCAAGGCUCUCCCUGAGGGGGUCAUCACUGCGGUGCUGAGGAAGGGGCCGGGCGGGGGGGGAGUGACAGCUGCUGGGAACGCUUACAUGUGACAUGGCUGGAGAAAAGAAAGAAGAAAACUAAUAAUGGUACCGAGCAAACAGAUGUAGACUUUCAACAGUCUCAUAUCAGGUAUCUGCCAUCCAGUGUGAACUUCAAAUGUUUAUAUUAUUUUUAUAUCACAUUCCUUAUCCGAUUUGAAAGUGUAUUGCAUUGUAAGUUCACCCAAAUACCCCCAUCUAAAGCCAUCUAGCCUUUUAGUGAGAUUAAUCUACAGAGCUCACUGUCAUUGUUUUACUUUCCGUAGCAAUAGUGUUAGCUAAUGUUAGCUUCAGAUCUGUGGAUUAUCCUGCAUAAUGCUGCUGUGGAAAACGUAUUUGUGUACACAAAAAAAAAAUAAUGCUCUCAAAUUAAUAAAUGUGCACAGAAAUGA